UCUACAUUUGAGCACUUCUGGUGACCACAAUCAUCACUAUCGAGUCUUCAAAACUCAAAAGCAGCACGCUCGAAGGGCAUCCUCGAAGUCGGAGUGGUCCAAACACAGUCUCACUUCCCAGCUCUUGCAGUUGAGAAUUGAUUUAGACAAACGCCAUCAAGCCAAAGUUAAUAUCACGCCCCAAAGCCACCACCAACAAGCUGAUAUUAACCCGAUUCUUUGGUGCAAAGGGAAAGAGGGGAAGAAAGAGCACAGAGGACAGACAAGCAGGGUGCAGUGUGAUUUUAGCAUUCCCUGCUCGUCCGACACUUGGAGGUUUGGGCCGUGAGGAUUGUUUGUGAAUUGUCGUCAAUCCCGUUUUGGACACACACCCGGUCGUAAAGCGAAACCCAUUUUGAGGAUCAGUCCUGCCUUUCCUGGAGCUAGACGAAACUAGAGUCCAGGAUGAACCAGCAGAUGCAGAGUAUAAAGUGCGUAGUCGUCGGAGAUGGAGCGGUCGGAAAGACUUGCUUGUUGAUAUCAUACACCACGAAUUCGUUUCCGGGAGAAUACGUCCCGACAGUCUUCGACAAUUAUAGCGCCUCGGUCUUGGUCGACGGCAAGCCGGUAUCAUUAGGAUUGUGGGACACAGCUGGUCAAGAAGAUUACGACCGACUCCGACCCCUCUCCUAUCCUCAAACCGACAUUUUCCUCUUAUGCUUUUCAGUCGUCUCCCCACCGUCUUUUGAGAAUAUCAGGACAUGGUUACCAGAGAUAUCUCAUCAUGCCCCGGGCAUUCCACUGAUACUCGUCGGGACGAAGUUGGAUUUACGAGAUGACCCAGUGACUCUUCAGCGACUACGGGAAAGGCGGUUCACGCCAAUUUCGUACGCUAUGGGAAUGCAGUGUGCGAGAGACAUUGGUGCUGUCAAAUACCUCGAGGCGAGCUCAAAAACGCAGAAGGGGCUGAAGAAUGUGUUCGAUGAGGCUAUCAGAGCUGUUCUGGCGCCCCCGAAUCGGAAUCAUGUCGCUGGGAAACGCAAGCAAAAGAAGUCCUGCAUCAUCUUGUAGGCGGCGAACAUUGUAGAGCAGGCGGAAAGUGGCGACUUAGGACUGGGAUUUAGAAUGGCAUCAUAAUGAUCUGGACGAGUUCGAGGGACGCUGACACGGAUGUAGACACGGAUUGUAGGAUGUAUGCUCUCUUGAUACGUGCG